CCCUUUUCCUAAUCCUAAAUGACAUUAGCUUAAACAAGUCGCUUAAAGAUCCAUCCUUGUAAAAAUACUUAGGAGAGGCAGAACAGAGCUCACGAGAAAAGCAGAAUCAUGAGUAAUAAUACUUCUUUUGUUACUAAUCUCUUCGAAGGUAGGAAUAAAGGUAUUGAUGCAAGCAGCAGCGACUCUGAUGAUGAUCGAGCAGGUAAACCUAGAGAAUUACUUGUAGACAAAUUUAGGUCAAAAUCUGCUAAUCAAUUUAUGAGACGUGCGGAGAAAGUUUCGGCAGUUUCUACUACUGAGCAGGAAGAAGAUGAAUCCAAAAAACUUACACCGGAGUCUAAACCGCGAUCGGAAGGUGAUAAAGUGGGUGACAUCGUUCGUUUUGGAAAAGACAGUUACUUCGUUAUUGAUAUUUUCGAGAAAGAGAUCAUGGAGUUAGGAGACAAAGUUGAUUUAAACUUCAAGAGAUUCAAAACGUUCGAAGCUGUUUAUGGAGACGCUCCGCGAGACCAUCACUUCUACAACUAUCGUUGCUGUUACUCUUGCUGCUGCGUCUGCUCGAGUAGUACCGUGGGUAGAUUGUGGGGGAUUCUAGAGACAGGACUAGCCUCGAGGGAGAAGGAAGGAGUCAGCUUCUUCGUGAGAACUUAUAAAGAGAGAAAAGAGCUGAUGAGAGUUGCUGUCACUGUAACAGAUUGUCAUCAGAAUCAUAAUUUGUACUUUUUCGACCUCAAGUUCCCUAGGGAGUAUCCAUAUCGAGCGCCGAGUUUCUAUUACCAUCCGUAUGGUCUUCCUUUGAGUACUCCUGAAGCCCAAAAGUCACUAAGAGAAAAGCACAUCUACAACAUUUUAGAUGUGUUUCUCCACAUUCAAGAGAUUGUAUUGAUGAACACCAACAAGUCAUGUCACCAGAUGCUAGAUAUUCUGGAACAGCCGCUCGCGGGGUUUCAAGAUUUUGUAAUAGGGUAUUUUAGGAAGAAGGGGCCUUUGAUUCUGCGGAACUUGCUGCAAGAGUUGGAUAUGGAGGAGGAGAGGGACAAGAAAAUGUUCUGGAAGAUGUACUUUGCGUUUGAAGGCAAUAAAGCUUAUUGUGAGCAGAUUCUGAACAGUGAUCUGAAAGCAGAGUUGGAGAAAUUGAAGGAGAAAGAACAUACAUUAAGCGAUUACUACUAUGGUUCUUCUUCAUCUCCCAACUACCCAACCUACACUCAACGGGAUGAUGGUAUUAAGAAGACAUCCAAAAUCCAAAGCUUUUGGAGCAAGUACUUGUCUUUGUCUUUCGAUUACUAGUGUCUGGUUCAUGUCUUUUCUUAUCUUUUGUUUUUUCUUUCAGAAUUUUAAUAUAUGAGUUUCUAUACC